GAAGCCGAAGCGCACCGCGAAACCCUCCCCCAAUGGAUCCCAAGGCGGCGGCGAGGUCGAAGCGCUCGCACACGGUGCACGGCCGCCGCACCCACCAGACGCCCGCAGCGGCGGCGGCGCACAAGCAGAAGCGCGCGGCUGCAGCCAGCGGCGGGUCCUCCACCUCCGCCCCUCGCAGCCGCAACCUCCCCUCCAACUGGGACCGCUACGAGUCCGAACCCGAGGCCGAAGACCCUGCAGAAUGGACCGGCGAGGUCGCGCCGCGCAGCAAGGGCGCCGACUUCGCCUACCUGCUCGAGCAGGCGCGGGCCCAGCCCCGCGAGGACCGGGGCCUCACCGCGCCGGGCCUGCUCGCCUCCCAGGACUCGUCAUUUGGUUUUAUGCAGGCUUCUACCUCUAUGCUUGAAGCUAGAGGGGAAGGGAUUAUGUCCUGGUUUGAAGAUGAUAAUUUCAUUUUAGAUGAUGAUUUGGCACCAGAUUUUGAGGUGCCGUUUCUCUCCAUGGAUCUCAAUGCAUUGGCCACCCAGCUUUCGAAGAUUAAGCUCUACCAGAGGCUUUUUAUAGAAAAAGAUCUACUGCCCGAGGAUCUGGAUGUUGCUUCUGAAGACGAAGACGAUGAAAUAGUGAUUCAAUGUGACACAACGUUGGAGACUGAUGCUAAAGAAAGUUUGGUUCAACAUAACCUGAAGGACAUAAAGCACGCAAAAGGUAGUCACGACCACGCCAGCAGCAUUCAUUGUAAUGACCAAAUGAAUAAUUAUCAUUUGGAAUGUUUUGCAGAAGAAGAAACUGCAGCAUCGCCCAAAAUUAGUGCUCGACUUGUGCAUUCAGACACUGAAGAAGAUAAAAGCUAUACAGGAAUUACAGAUACUGUUCCAAGUACAGCCCAUAUCGAACAGUCGAAGCUUGAGAUGGUUGCUCCAGAAGAAGAACUUGACAUGCUUCUUAAUUCACUUGGUGGGACUCACCUUUCUAGCUCCAAUGUAGAUGAGUCGUUUGGAAACCAUUCAACUUUGGAACGUAUGAAGAUCAACAAAUCAAAUGAGAAAGUCACGUCUGGCACCUCGUCCAAAUUGCCGCCACUUUCAGCUCUUGAUGAUGAUCUAGAUACCUUGCUUUCCUUACCUGUCCAGAAUGAAGGUUUUGCCGCAUCAAGCUUAACUUCUCGACCAACUUUUGACUCUGACAACAACAUUGACUUCAGAUAUGCCAAGCAGAUUGAUGUAACCUCUAUUGAUGAUUCAGUGGAUGAUUUGCUUGCAGACUCCCCGUUCUGCGUGAAUGACAAGAAACAAACUACACCUGCACAGUCGCAGCAGAACAGCUCAAAUUCCCAUGUGCCUCAUUCUGGUUCCUCAAAUGUCUCGGAUGAUUUUGAUUCAUGGUUUGAUUCAUUGCAGAAAUAGAAGAAACACUUUUGAAGUUAAAGAGCUGUCAGUUAGCUUCAGGGAUACUUUAUCUGGAGACAAAGACCUACUGACUUUUGUUCACUUCAUGUAUCUAAGUAGCAAACCUUUCAGAAAACUGUCUUUCAAAGCUCCCAUGUACCCGUCGGUAUGGACAGAGACAUGGAGAUCUGAACUGGGUAUGACAGUCUAAACCUGCUUCCAUGUGCUUCACUCGCCAUCAUCCACAUGUGUUAGUUUGGCGCUAGGGUUGUGUCAUACUGACCAGGAGUACAGAAGACUGACUUGCUGUGAAAUCUCAAACUGUCAAUCUGUACCUUCAUGAUCUUUGUAGUAUGUUGCAUUGUUAACUGGUUGAAAUUCUAACCGAAACAAAGCUAGUGCACUGUAUGCACUUUUCUGUUGCA